GGACUGCGCGCAGAGCUAAAGCGAAUCGGAAGGGCUUGUAUAUGGUGUAAAGUACACAAAUGUCGACCAUCGAUCCCCAGGAUGGCCCCACUUCCGGAGUCGCGUGUUACACCGAAUCGUCCAGCAUUUAGUCAUACUGGCGUAGACUUUUGCGAGCCGAUAACAGUAACUGUCGGUCGGAGAUCGGAGAAGCGAUACAUCUGCUUGUUCACGUGUAUGACAACGAGAGCGGUACAUCUUGAGAUAGCUCACGGCCUAACAACUCAAGCAUGUCCCAUGGCCAUACGACGAUUUGUGUGCCGUAGAGGAAAGCCGCUAGAAUUUUACUUAGAUAACGGUACGAACUUUCAAGCAGCAAGCAAAGCAAUCACGCGACAGAUCGGGACGGAUUGUGAGGAUGAAUUCACUGAUUCCAGGACCCGCUGGAACUUCAAUCCACCCAGCGCACCUCAUAUGGGCGAAGUAUGGGAGCGACUGGUUCGCUCUGUAAAAGCAGCAUUAACCGUGUUAGACGACGGCCGAUCAUUGACCGAUGAAGUUCUACUGACGACCCUCGCUGAAGCCGAAGACUUGAUCCACUCGCGGCCGUUAACGUACGUCUGCUUGGAUCCAGAAGAAGAAGAAGCGCUGACCCCGAAUCAUUUCAUUCGCGGUGUCGGUGCAAUCAACGCGGAAUGUUACAUUCCGCCUACAUGUGAAGCCGAGGCACUCCGUGAUCGGUAUAAGCGAUCGCAACGACUGGUCGAUAAGCUGUGGAUACGGUGGGUGUCCGAAUAUCUACCGUCAAUCAACCGAAGAACGAAAUGGCACAAUGAGUCGCCGCCAUUAUCUCUUGGAGAUCUGGUAUACAUUACUGAUGACACGUUUCGAAAAGGCUGGGUCCGUGGCAUCGUAACAGAAGUCCACCCAGGAGCGGACGGCAGAAUCCGUCAGGAGAUGGUAGAGACGACAAAGGGUAAGUUUAGGAGGCCGGUAACAAAGCUUGCGGUGCUCGAAGUGCAGGAUCGUAAAUCCGGUGAUGCUAAUUAGCCUGCACCAGAGUUACGGGGAGGGGUAUGUACGCACCGGUGCCUACGUCUCAGCGACGACGACAGAACGAGACAACGUCGCAUCCAUGUACCCUGGAUCAGAGCAUAGAUGUCAGUGAAUAUGUUGUAAGCAAGAAGGAAGAAAAAUAAACAACAGCAUAAGUGAAGUUGAAACAGAGUUUAGCCAGCAAGCGAUAGUGUUUUUAGACAAUUUGUGAUAUUGAGAGCCAGGAUUGUUAGUCGAAGUAGAUCUAGCACCUACCGUGAAAACAGGUGAAUUAUCGAUCUAACAGUAGGAAAUUGAAAAGCGCACCGCUGCAACUAACCUGAAAAGAAAGAGGAAAAAGGGAAAACUAUUAAUGUAAGUAAGCAAAUGAAAGUGAAGAAAAGUGAAUUAAUAAGAUUGUUGUUUUCGAUUAUUUUAUUUGAAUAAAAAUAGUUUUAAGCUGCUGCAAAUCGUAUUAAAAGCACUGCUGUCAAAGUUUAGUUAUUUAGGGUGGUCCGAAAUCGAACACCCGUGAACGACCGCAACUAGGUUAAAACCGGGUAUAAAUAAACGAUAUAAUAAUAAUAAUAAUAAUGAAGUUUUUAGUCAAAAAAAAUCAUUGUGUACAAAAAUAGCAUGAAAUUCAC